CGUGAUAGCUCCCAUAUUUGUAUAGAAAACAGAAAUAAUAGAAUAUGUUACAGGCUGUUUAGAAUCUUUAAUUUCAAUUUAUGAUUAUAACAUUCAAUCUAUUUUGUUAGAUAAACAUCAAUUCUUUUAUCAACAAUUAGUUUUACAAAAAUGUAUAUAAUAGUUAUUGUUAUAUCACUUCUCAAUUCUUUAAGAUUUUGCUGUCUGAUAUGGAUUUAUACAGGAAAUUAUUUUGAAUCUCCUUUAAUAAAUCAAAAUCUGUUAUAUAUUUGAAAGUUUGUAUACAGUUAAGAGAAAAUGUUAACUAAAGGAAAAAGAAAGAAAAAUGUUGAAAUAUUACACCUAUCUCCAUCAAGAGAAGAGCAUUUGGAUCAAAAACAAUUUUUGCUCAAUCCAUUCAUAAAUGGACAGUAUGAAGAUUGGGAAAGAAAAUCUGAAUCUAAAAGUCAUUACACUUCAAUUAAUAACAGCUAUAUUAUGAAAGGGCAGCCUAAUAUAUAUAAAGCAAGUUCUUCAACUAACAGUAAUUAUACAUGUAAACCUUCAAAAUGUUCAAAAUCAGACAAUUACGAAUGGUCAAUUAAAGAAGAUUCGGUGGAUCUAUAUCCAUUUUAUCAGUCUAGAAAGGAAUAUGACAGAAAUUUAUCUAAUAAUAAAAUUAAAAAUAAAGAAAGUGUCAUAGAAGGCUGCUCAUCAUCUCUACACUAUGCAAAGAACAUUGCAUCAGAUUCUUUUAGCAAUGAUGGAAUAGUAAACAAGCAUAUUCUUCACACCAACCAGAAAGAAUCAGAUAGUUCAAUCAAAUAUUUUAAUGAUCAUUCUUUACAAAGAAUAAAGAACAGUUUAAAAAAUAAGGAUAUUCAAGAUUGGAUGACUUCAAACAGCACAGAAAUGAUGUCCAAUGAGCAAAUGUUUGAUCACACAUUAAAAGUACAUGAUUUAAUAAGCUUGAAAGAGAAGUUUGAUGAAUUACAGAUAAACAAAAAGCUUCACAAAGAAAUAGAAUUCACACUAAAAGAAAUAUUAAUGCAUCUAUUCUUUCUUGAAGCCAAGGAGUUUAUAAAUAUCAAUGAAUUGGAGGAUUCAAAAGAAAGUUUACAUGAAAAUGAAGUUUCAAGCGCAAUUCCUAUUGAAGUUAAAAAUUACAACAUGGAUUUAAAGGAGUCUAUUGAUGAAGACAAGAUGAAUGCAAUAUCGAUAGCUACUUUUAAAAAUAAAUUAAAUAAGAAUGAUAUUAAGAAUUUAAUCAAAGAAAUAAUUGUUCACGAAAAUUGUUUAUCUGUUGAUGAUAUAUUGGAAUAUAAGAAUGAAAUACCUGACAGAAAUAAAUGUUGUGAAUUUAUGUCAGAUUUAACAUCAAUCAAUUUAGAAGACAAAACAAAUAACAAAAAUUUAAAAAAUAAAAGCACAAUCCAAUUGUCUGAAAGGAAAGCAAAAAUGAAACAGCAAAAUCGAAAAUCAAACAAUCAAUCAAUAAUUAGCAAAAAACCUUUUAUUGCAAAACAAUAUUUUUGUACAGAAAGGAGUACAGAAAAAAUCAGUUUAAUAAAAAUAAGAGAAACUGAAAGAUUGUCUUCUUAUAAAGAAGAAUAUUUAGCAAUGGCAUCUGUUUAUCAAUCAAAGCAUCAGAUAUAUGCUGAGAGUAUAAGUGUUUCAGAAUUCUUUUUAAUUCAUGUAAUUUCUUCUCAAAUCUUUGUAUCCCAAAAACAAUUGUUGCAUAAAUGUCAAAUUAACAGUGAAAAAAUUAGAACAGAAAAAUAUCAAAAAUAUAAACAGAAUAAAAGAAACGUAUUUCAGAAACCAACUUCUGUUGACAAAUGUACAGCUUAUAUUAUAUUAGAAGAACCUGAAAAAGUUCAUAAACAGGAAUAUGAUUUAGAAACAUGUUAUAAAAAUAAACUUAUGAGAAAGAAAACAAUGGAAAAAUUACUAAGAAAAAGACAUAUUUUUAACAUGGAUUAUGAUAUUAAUGACAAUAUCGAUUGGUUGGCUGUUGGCAUGGCUCAUUCAGAUACUCUCCCUAGCUAAAUUAACUGUAUUUCACAAUGAUCUCUCUAAUUUAAUUUAAAAUUUAAUAUUCUAAUCCUACUAUCUUUGCUUUAAAAAUAGUUUAUUUUUUAUAUAUUUAAUUAUAUAUCAAAUAUCUGUUUAUUUUAUAAUAUGUUUGAACAAAACACAA